AUGAGCAACUACCUGUUGUACUUUUUGCUGAACAACCAAGGGCUCGACACGAACUGUUCGGUGUAUUCCUUGACCCUGGGGUCUCUCAGGUACCAGGAAUACUUUACUGGCAGAUGGCUGGAGAACAUCACGGAGGGCUUUCUUCCCGCGUACUAUGUGACAAACUGCCUGAUGACCGAUCUCCAGAAGCAGAUCGCCCAGCUUCUGUUUAACCAAUCUGACGUGGAGCGCUGGCUCAGCGACUACUACGCUAAUCCAUAUAAUGUCUCAGAUAACGGCGACGCCUUUGUGGCCUUGUUGUUUAUGAUCCUGGGCCUGUGCGUGCUGUGCUGGAUGCUUAUAUUGCUAUUCCUCCUAUCGCCAAACCAUAAGAGAAAACCGCUCAUGACCCAGAUCGCCACGGGAGUUUACUCUAUUGUGCUUACGAUUCUUUUGGCCCAGGUCACCCAGGCUUCCAGAAAAGAGUACUAUAAAGACUCUUUGGAUAUGAUCCAUAUUCUCCUGCUUGUCAACGAUAGACAAAAGUACCCCAUAGCAUUGAUCAUCCUGCAAUUCCUUACCUGCCUAGCAUUCUUCCAGCUCGUUGUCAAGAUGACAAAACAGCGAUUUAAGUUCUACAACGGCCUAAUAGGAGCCUGUUUGAUUAUUAUGUACAUUAUCGUCGACUCGGUCGACUUGGCCAUGGCCGAUAAUUACUACGACCGCAUGGCGCACAAACAAGACGAAUUCAGAGCUAUUUUUACCAUGGUUCUCAAGGUUCUAUUUAUUGUAUGGAUAAGUGUCACCCUCGGGUACCAUACGGUUCGUGGUACAGCUUCCAGCCCGCGACAAGUCUCAUACUCCAGAAGGCUUCUUCCCUUGGCUAUAUUCACUUGGUUUAUGAUAGGGCUUCAUGUCAUAAUUACCAUCUUGAUUGCAAGUUUAUGGGAAAACAAGUGGCUUGUAACCUCUUGGAUAACUUUCCUUCCCUACUUGCUCGAAAUGUACAUUCUCACAACAGCUUGGGAAUGGUUCUACUCUAUUCGCGACUUGGAACUGAGGCUUGAGCUUAUUGGAAUGCUUGGCCGUAAGAUUUCGUUGGAUGAUGUUAUGACAUUUAGCAACGCAUACUUUUCGAAGCCUGCCUCUUUCAUAAGUGCUGUUACUUGGCUUUGGAACAUGCUCACAUGUAAAGUUGCACCUGUCGCUGGCGACACAAAGGAUGUGGCAAAUAGCAUGCUUAGCGAGUCUUCAUCUACCGCAGUCAACCGAACUCCCCCUGUCACACUGAACACUACUCGCGAUAGGGAGUUGGAUCUUGGUGAGGCCAACGUGGGACAACGUCGUGAUAUGUUAUACUUUGACAAUGUCGGCGACGAACGUGAUUCUAUCAAUAAUAGUAAUAAUCGCGACAACGACAGCGACGACGAUGAUGACGAUGAGGGAGGCUACGAAGUUGAGUACAUUGACGAUGACGAAGCUUGGGAGCGUGCUGGAGGUGAUGGAAUUCGACACAGAACAGACACAAACGAUAUUUUAGGGGAGCCUCAGGAAGGCCCAUCCAGUGCUUACCAUAAUGUUGCAAACGAUAUUCUCGGUACGCAAUUUGACGACACUCAUGAACAACACGACAUGAAUGAUGAUACCUCACUUCCACCUUUCCAGCCUUUGCCUGGAUUUAGUCGCGAUGACUACUGGGAUGAGAAGUGA